CAUUUUUGCCAGUCAACCGAUGGCUCGCUUACUGAGAGGAUCCUUGCUCCUCACCCGACUGCAAACAAGCUGUAACUACCUGAUCUGAGGCCAGCGGUAGCUUAAUUUUCACGAAUAAACAUGAUCACAAUCUUCCGUGGACCGGUAUCCGUCUUUCGAGUCACAUUUGUCGAAAGCGGUCUGUAUGAGCUCUCAUUUAGUAUUGUUAGACGCCUGUCGUCAUGGACAGGAAUGUGACAGCUAAUUAGCCAGCCUGCUAACCUGCAGUUGAUCUCACUGCACGAAGACGGAUUUAAAGUUACACAUUUAAAGUGGCUUUUACAUCGGCCAUCGUGUUAGAUUACAAUACUAUUUUAUUUCGAUAGCCUGCUGCCAUCUUGAUUGUAGGCAUGUUCUCACAGUGUAAACCAGCGGUAUUCCCCUUCAUUCCCACAUAGUUCCGUGUAUGAUGUAACCAGCCUGCCAUGAUACAAAACACCAUCCGGCUGUCAAAUAGUCCUUAAUACACGUUGAUUUGGCUCGUAACUUCACUACUGAGAUUCUAGUUUAAAAUGUUAACUUUGCUCGGCUAAGUUGUGCAUGAAUACGGAGCUUCCCUUUUCCCGUGGCACAAAGGAGCGGAUGGGAGAUCGAGCGAUGAUGCAACCGGCGGCAACACUUGAGCUCACACUCAUAAUAGAGAAAUUUUGCCACAUAUGCAUACAUUGACAUGGCAGCUCGGUCGGACUACAGCAACAUGAUGCUUAAGGAUGAGCACAAGUUGUUGAGCUGACGUUUUGGUGUUGCAGCAUUUUUCUGUAAUGCUCUGCGGCACAAAGUUGCAUUUUGUGGCAUUCUGCCUUUUCAAAAGGAUCUAACACCAAUUCUAGCUCUGUGAAGCCCCACAGAAUAGGUCGGAGAGGGUGACUGAGUGGCAGAUAGUGGAAGUGGAUCCAAAUGAGCAAGCAGCUGCUACAGAAGAUAUCCAACACAAAUCAGAAAGGUGUCAGUGUUAUACAGAAUCAGUCUCAUUAUAGUGCACUGAACCCCGCAGGAGCCACAGGAUUACAGCAGGUUCCUCCGUUAGUCCCAGCAAGUCCAGGAGGUGGGGGUAAGGCCACACCACCCAACAAGAUGAAAAAGACUGGUAUGGAGAAAGACAGCGACGAGUACCGCCAACGGAGAGAACGCAACAAUCUUGCAGUAAAGAAGAGUCGCAUGCGCAGCAAGCAGAAGGCACAGGACACCCAGCAGCGUGUCAACGAGCUGAAGGAGGAAAAUGAGAGACUGGAGGCCAAAAUCAAAUUGCUAAGCAAAGAACUGAGUGUGCUUAAAGACCUUUUUCUAGAGCAUGCUCAUAACCUUGCAGAUAACGUGCAGCCCCCUGCUUCAGGUGGAGGCCCCGGAGACCUCUGCCACAACAACAACAGUGGCAGUAACGGCAGCAGCCAGUGAGAGCCUACUCUUGGUAUGCAGUGUGCUAUACAGAGGUUCUCUAAGCAAAGCAUUUUACUUAAUCAAACAUUUACUUUGUCACUUUUUCACCAUUUCUGGAAUUUGUAUUGUCCUCAGCAUUUAACUUGCGUGUCUUCUGUUUAUACACUCAAAUUCGGUUUUGAUCUCACAUGUAAUGUCUCAUGCUGAGACUGAUGACAUCAUCGCCAUUGCAACCACAGAAUGUCAUGCCCACGCUCUGAUUUGAUGUGCUGGAAAUAAGAUUUAUAUCCAGCUUUCAAUUUUAAAGCAUGUUUCAGUGUCUUAAAACUUGACAUUUCUUUCCAGUUUAGAGGAUUGUGAACCAUUCUCAUUAGAGAAUUUUUAUAUUUUAUCAAAGCUGGUCUCGAAGAUUGAAGAUGGAACAGUAUGUAUAACAAUAUGUAUGCUCCAUCAGUGAUCAGUAGGUUCAAGAAUGAAAGUUACAAAACUUACUCUUAUCCAAAAGACCCACAAUAGGAUAUAACAGACAGAACUGUACAGUACAAUCAUUUAUUGGGACUUGGAAUUAGGGGUAACUAAAAAGCCCUGGAAGAACUUCUUCCAACAGAAGUCAAGAAACUAAGUUACUAUUUUGUAUUCUUGCUUUUUUGCAACUUUGCCUGAGUUACUCUUUACUUGUUGACCAUUUCUUUAAAGAAUAGCAAAUAUACUGUUGUAUCCAUGGCAACAGACUACAGAAACGUGUUGCAUCAGACUCCAGACAGUGUCUGCAUUAACAGUAGCCCUUAAAUCCCUAAAAUCCUCCAAUUCUGACAAGAGUGGAGGAGGAGAAAUGGAGUAGAUUAUUAGCUCUAGUCGUCGUAGUAGUAUGUUAGGGCGUUGGUAGCUAAAUUAACACGUAUUUCAUCACAGUAGCUCUUGUGACUGUAAAUACUGAUGAAGGUGCAGAUAAGAUUAAAAUGAGAACAUCCCUAAAUCAGUGUUUAAACAUUUAAAUGGCAUCACUCAUCUGUCAACUGACUUUAGAUUUUUUCCUAAAGUUGAUUUUAAAUUAUUUGUAUUGCAAAGUACAAACUUGGCAUAAAGCUUUAAAUAAGUCCCUUUCCUUGCUAAUCUUCACUCUAUCUCACAGCAUCAAAUUGUGGCUAUUUUGUUUCUCUUACCAGUCUCAGUAAAGGGUAGUAUGUGUGAAGUUUACAUCUGCAGUAGCAGAUGUUACUUAAGGUUAUUGGAGCAGGUUGGUAUUGUAGUCCAAUGACCUUUGCCCUCAUUGGUUCUCAUGGGGCUGUUUGUCCUUCAAGUCACUGUAGAUAGACGUUUGUACCUCAGGCUAUGCCUCACCAGACAGCCUUUAAGAUCUAUAUUCCUGUUUAAGAGAAACUUAAAAAGAGGUGGGGGAAAGGGGUAUGAAAAGACAAGGGAUCUUGUUAAUGUGUGAAGCAUCUUUAAUUCUAUUUCAUAUUUUCAUUUUCUACAUUUUAAGUUUUAAACGUAAAAAGCAUGACAGGUAAUGCAUGAUUAGCACUAUUUAAACUACUAAAAGGUAUGUUCUGUAAAUUAAAGGAACAUCAAAUCAGCGACUGCAUAAUUAUGUAGUUAUGUUUUGUAAAGAAGUUCCAAACUUAAGUUCGGGAGGAGCUUGUUCGUGUAGGCCUGCCAAUCAUAUCCCAAGGAUAUUUAAGCAGCUGCUUCCCUCACACUGGUGAUGAUUUUUCUGGUAUCCCUCCAACUCCCAAACUCCACCUUUUAUAUUUUGUGACACCUAAUCAAAUUAUUAUUCCAUAUAAUCUUUCUUUUUCUCUCUAUAGUCAGAUAGUCUGGGUAGGGGGUCUCAGAGCUCAAGCCCCUCUAUUAUGGACCUCAUGCCAAAUCCAUUUACAUUAAUGCGAUCCAGGACGGUAUGUACCAGUUAACUCGUGGUGUCAGGCUGUGCUCAAAUAAAGUUAUUGAGUAGAACUUCUUAAAAAAACACACACACAAGACUACGGUCAAUAUUUCAUGAAUAUUUGAGUGGCAUAUUUAGCUUAAGUAUGAGGGUUGCUGGGCAACUUGGUUUUUACAUGAUGUAUACUGGGGUUUUUUGUGCAUUGUAAAUUAAAAAUUGAA